UUCCUGCCUGGCUGAAGAGCCUUCGCCUCCACAAGUACGCCGCCCUUUUCUCCCAGAUGACGUAUGACGAAAUGAUGGCCUUGACCGAGUGUCAGCUGGAGGCACAAAAUGUUACCAAAGGCGCACGGCACAAAAUUGUGAUCAGCAUCCAGAAGCUAAAAGAGAGACAGAGUCUUCUCAAGUCCUUGGAAAGGGUAAGACGGCUCAUCCUAGAAAACGUACGAGAUGUUUGCUAUUUUGGUGAUGUGUAUCGGCAAUUAAGGCUCUCUUUUUUGUCUGAAAUGUGUCUCUUGCAACUAAAUGGUUGACUUCAAAGUCAUUGCUUUGCUUCCU